GUUUCUAUCACAUGUUUGUUUCCUCAAAAGAAAAGCAACAGUUUCUACUAUAGAAACUGCGGUAAGAAUUGUGAAAUAAACAUCUUCCAUUUGGAUUUUGAACAGUGCUCCCCUGAACUGUUAGUAAAACGUUUUCCUUCACUCUUAAUAAACGAUGAGUGGAGCACUGUGCAUUUUCUAACUUUCUCGCCUUGUCAGAUAAAGGUUUCCUCAAAGAUUACAAGAAAAUAGCUUUCUCGUCAAAGUUAUGUGCUUAAAUGAUCGUCAAAAAGUUACUUAGAGUUAAAAAAAGGACAAGUUCCCAUGGAGCACUGUCAAAGAAUGUCACGUUGCGUGCGUGAUUUACAAUGAGUUGAGCAAAUAUUCUGCGGUUAGUUUCCUGUUCUUAUUUCUUGUCCAGAGUAAGUUUCGCAAAAAAUCUUGGACAGGGAGGCAAAUUCACCGGAUAUUUUCGGUGGUACAUGUAUUAAUUCUAUUUUCCGAAAUGGAAGAAUUGCCAAUAAAGUAAAAUAUUAGCCUGACAUUUAGCUCGAUCGACUCACAGACCCCGCCUUUUGCUAAGACUCAUGUCGCCUAAAGAAUGAAAAGUCCUUUUGGAAAUCAAUGUCUUUGCUACCAAAGUUCCUAGGUAACGGGCGCUGGAAUAUAGACAAUGUCAUUUUCCCUGACUGCGAUCUGCUUGUUGUAAUCGUCAUUGUGAUUAAAAGCAACCACAUUACUUAGUUCUAGCAAUUCAUCGUAAUUUCCGUGUACUAAAUAAAAGACGCAAUGACCAUUUUUUACUACACACGAACGUAUAUCUCUAAGGUUUUCUCUGGGGAUGCCAAAAUUGAUUUGUAUACCUUUUCAUCACAUAAUAUGAUUUCGAAACCCAUUAAGGUGACGGGCUUCCUGGCUUAAGUUUGCUGCUCUGACUCGAAAGCGUCGAAAGCGUUGAAAGCGUUUGUAUGAUGUGGAAAACUUUACCAAUAAAAUUGCUCGGAUGAGGCUCUUAGCUUUUGGGAGCCACGUGACCAGCCGCAACCGGGGUUCUUUCUCGGAGCAAGAGAGAAAACCCUGGGAACGCGGUUAUUUUUGCGAGACCUGCCGAUCGGAUUUGUCAAGUAUUUUAAAGAUUAAUCUUAUUUUACUGCUCUUACACUAUAAGGAGUUGCAGACCUGUCCCUUUAUGGCUACGAAAGCCAUUUAGCCCAAAAAGUUAUUUUCUUGAUUCCAUACAUGCAAAAGCAAAACUUUAAUAGAAGGGUACUCUUAUUGUUUGCACGUCAGUUCAAAACUAUUCUUUAUAUAGUGUACCGUAUUUUAUCUCUUAUAUUGAUGUUAACUGCUUGCCUUUUCGGCAAAUGUGCAAUAACUUAUGUGCUUUGUAGGUCACCUAAGAUCACCAUAUGGAGGGACAAAAACGCCGUCACACUUAUAAUAUGUAUACAUUAUGCCAAACGGACGCUGUUUCCAGAUAAAUUACCUAACUUUCGAUCAUUUUUUUCGUGAUCGAGAAAUUUAUAACACUUGUUAUCUCAGCAUCUGCUUGCAGCGCACUUAACCUUCUUUUAGGAACCAACAGUUUAGUCUUAUAGUAUCUAUACAAUUAGUCCAUGUAUUUCCAUUCAGUUUCUUAUCAUUGUUUUGUUCUAUUAUUCUUCAUAUAACCGCCAUGCAGGGAUUGAUUAGUACAUGAGCAUGCUGUAUUCAUUACGGCACAAUAUGCAGUUUGAUUUAGUCUAUAAUUUUGUGCAUGAAACAAUGUUCAGUGUCAAAUACUGCUAAAUAUUAAACAUAUUUGAAACUAUAUGCUGACUCCAAGUGGACAAGAUCGACAAUUAGUUAAUGGUUUUGCAAACCGAGUACAAUGUCAAAAAGCGAUUUCUGACAACGCGUACGGAUUUUAGGAAGCCAGGUCUGAAAACGGGUGUUAAAAUGGACAUAUGAAACAGGCUCGCGAUUAGGAGAAUCGUGAAGCACACCCCAAUAAGAAUUCCGAGGAUUACGCCCCCCCCCCCCACCCCUCGCUACCAAUGGGCAACUAAGUGAGUUUUAUUAUAGAUUUGUUACUGAAUGUUCCUAAGGCUGCCUAGUUAUUUAGACUAAAACUUCAUUGUGGAGCAAUCGCUGAGCGUCGUUUACAUCGCAAAGGCCCCAUAAUCUUUCUAUUUUUUUCAAUUCCUGUGGAACCAAAUAACAAAAAAGUGGCAAUGGCUUCAGUGACGGUUUUAUAAUUUUGUGUUCUUAACCCUUAAAUUCUUAACUGGCUAGCGUAAUAGCUACUGGUCAUACCGUUAUUAAUAUCAAAUAUCACUCGCAAUAAUUUCAACAUUCCAUUUCGCUCAUUUUUUUUACUCAUAUCUAGCCUUUAAUAAAUGACCAAGCAGACUACACUCAGUUUCUACAAAUAGCGUGACGGUUUCAGUUUAUUCUGGGAACGAGCUAUGGAUAAUUUAUCAAGUAUUCGUGUAUCAGCUGUGUUUCAAUUUUAGCCUUGCUUAAAUAGCAGUAACAAAUGUACCGGCAAAUCGAUUGCUCGCUCAAAUUGACGCCCAAAAAGGCGCGGCAGACACGCGCGCAUGCUUUCCUGUUGAAUUUUUUUUCUUUGCGCUACUUUCCAUAAAUUAAAUUCCGCAUACUUAUGUCAUUCCGCAAGCUAUGCCUCAUGCCAUUCCGCAAACUCAUUCCGCCUUUUACCCUCACCGGGCCUGAGCGAUUCAAGUUACGGCAGCAAGCUAAAAGAACGCAAAGCGAGGAUCUAUGGCGAGAGUUUAAGAAAGCUAGAAACGAGGUUACCCGCCAGCUAAGAACGGCAAAAGCCUUGUACUAGAAGAAUUAAUUUGCAAAAACUCAAAACAGCAGAGAUUUUUGGAACCUUGUAAAGAAAGGUAAGAGGCAGGAAUGUAAACAAAACACUAUUGGCCCUAUUAGAGAUGGUUAAGACAACAUCAUCUUGGAGGACAAUGUAAAAGCCACUCUUAUGAAUGAUUAUUUUUCGACUAUUGGAGAAAACCUAAUGUCCAAUCUUCAACCAACACAGGAUCACAUAACCAUACAUCAUAUCUAUAGGAUCUCUCCCACAUUCCCCGGCCGCACUACCCCACGCUCCUUAAGGAUAAAUUAACCAUCAACCCAAGAAAGGCAACAGGCCCUGACUUUUUUUUUCCCAGAGAACUCAAGCGGUGCGGUGAAUCCAUCAUUAGAGGCCUCCAACCAUUAUUUAAACUUUGCCUUGUGCAUUCCAGGGUGCCCUCCUUGUGGAAGACAUCACGAAUGCACACUGUUUAUAAGAAAGGCGAUUCCACGGAUAAAAGCAACUACAGGCCACUUCAAGUGCUACGCAUCCCUAGUAAAAUCUUGAAGGCUACAGUUUGCCGAAACAUCGACAACUUUAUCAACGAAAAUGGCCUUUCCAAUAAAAAUCAAUGGGGGUUAAUAAAAGGGAGAUCGACGGAAGGACUGUUGACACACUUGAAAGAGAAAUGGAAAAUAGCCCUAGAUAAUGGAAAUGUAGUGGGUGUUGUAUUCAUCGACUUCAAAAAAGCAUUUGACUGUGUCUCGCACUCAAUACUCUAUCUAAAGCUUCAAGCCCUAGCGUUCAGUGGCUCUGCACUGAAGUGGAUAAUAGACUAUCUUAAAGACCGGAAACAGUUUGCUGUUGUCAGUGGAUGUAAAUCACAACUUAAUGCUGUGAAAUGUGGCAUCCCACAAGGAUCCCUCCUGGGUCCAAGACUUUUCUCCUUUUAACGACUUGCCUGAUCAGAUUAAAGAAGGGGAAAUAGAUAUGUAUGCAGACGACACAACACUAUUCUACAUAGGCCCCUCAGUCGAUGUAGUGUGUGAUGCACUAAAUCGCAUACUGGGGGAUGUACAUAACUGGCGCAGAAAUAAUAAGUUAACUAUCCAUAGUGGGAAAUCAGAGGUUAUGGUUAUCAAUAGAAACAGCUUUUGUGGCCCCCUGAAACCAGUUACACUCGGAGAUAAGAUCUUAAGUUAUGUUUAUUCAAGUGUCUGCUUGGCGGUAGUCAUUGACUCUAAAUUAUCGAUCCUGGCAGCCUCAGAUGACUGCUGUGUGUAAGAGCUUUAGUCGAAAAGUCAAAAAUCUAAAGCGAUUGAGGGUCCUACCCAGGAGGGUCCUGGAAGCCAUUUACUUUAGAAGUAUUGUUCCCAGCGUUACAUAUGGCGUGCUAGUCUGGGGAACUUGUACCCUCUCCUGUUAUGUGAUGUUGAACUGAUCUACUUAAGAGCACCUACCUUGAAACGCAUUAAGUUAACCUCACUCAUGUAAUAAGCCUAUUAUGGCUUAAUACCUAAACCCAUCUGUGACUUAUUUCACAAAACUGAGCAGCGACCCUAUAACCUAAGAAGAAGGGAUGGAUUUAAGGUACCAAAGUACAAUUUAUUACUCCAUGGGAAGAACAUCCUUAUCCUACAAAGGGCUUAUUGUGUGGAAUAUCCUGCCCGAGUCAUAUAAACUUUCUGAUAGCCAUGCAAGUUUUAAGAAAAAGAUAAAAAAAGACCAGGCGCUACUAGAUAAAUUAAGCUUCGAGAAGAAAUCAUGCCUGAUUACAAAUAAGGCUGAUGAUUUCUGUUAUUUUUGACCAAUUUAUUCAUUUACUUUUUUAGUUACAAUAGAUUACAAUGGACAUAGUAAUCUUUUUUUAAUCAAUCAAUGUUCACGUUCAUACUUUUACUUGUUUGCAUACCUCACACUUGUAUAUAUCCUAGUUAAUACGACUAGAUCUUAAUGUUUUAGGCAGGUCCACAUCAGCCUCUGGCUGACUUCUACCAACCUGCGUUAACAAAUAAAGCUAUGUAUGUAUGUAUGUAUGUAUGUAUAUAUGUAUUAUUAACGUUUAACGGAAGUACCUAGAAUUCGGAACUACUGUAAGUUCUUUGAUGUUUGCAUAAUUAAGCGAGAGGGUUAAGAACAGGAGAGAAGUAAGCACUUUUCGCGUGCCCUUAGAGUUGCUAACAGUGCUUCUAAGACUAAACAAUGCGUGCGAGAAACAAGAUUUCCAUUUACUUUAUCAAGUGUUCCAUCCCUGGUUAAGGCUCGUACUUGUGCCAGAGACCCCGUGCAACAGCAUUUCUUCUGUAUCCCAUGCGGUGUCUCCACUGAAACACACGUAUGGCAUGCAUAUAGCGUCAGGUACAAACCAAUUUAUAGUCAGGAGGCAACUCGCCAAAAAACGAUUUUCGCUAAACAUUUUGAGUAGAAGCAGGCAACAUAGCUUAAAAUCUUCGUCUUGCCAUCCUAAUUAAGAAUUGUGCUGUUGCCCACUCCAAAUGUUAUGAUAUCUGUCAUUAAGCAGGUUUUUUGUCUAGGCCCUCGCUCCUGCAGCAUGAAAACGAGGCUGAACUGUAACAUUUAUAUAAACCCAAUAAAAAGUGCACAAUACGAUGGGGAAAUAGCUGAAUCUUUGCCACUUGACGUUUAGAGCUCGAUAGACAAUAGUGUGGGAGAUAAAAUGCGCCACGUGAUUAGUUAUGGAGAGUCACGUGACUUUCCAAUAAAAUCGAUUCUAAAGCAUAAAAGACGCUCUAUUCACACUUUCCUUUAAUAUAGUUUUCAACUUACUGACGUUUCUCAUUUCGAUUUACAGAUCCAACAAUAAAAACACAAAAAUGCAAUAGGUGAUCAGCUAUGAUGGGUCACGUGAUGUAAUGAAAUCAUUCUAUUUUCAGUCAUUCUAUAGCGUUUCCAACCUAUGUAACAUUUCCCAUGAGUUAGGAUUUUUCAUGUAAAAAGACUGAACUUUCUUCUACUUGGCCGCACGGUUUAAGCCAGAAAUACAAGCUUAUAAACCAUAAGCAAAGUAUCUUAUAUUACACAAGACCACCAUGUGACUUCCACCUUAUCAAAGUUAUAGGUCAUGCUUCAUUCGCCUCUGCUGCAGUGUUCCUGUCGUUUCUGCACCUGUCGCCACAUUUACAUGCCUUGGAACAGCAAAGAGAUAGUUUAACGCAAGUGCAGCGUCGGUUUACACUGCAUCCGCCCUCUCGGGAGCACCCACAGUAUGCUAACUGUAAACACGCCGCUGACACUUCUUCUCGUGUCAUUAACUUUGGCUUCAGAAGGCCUUUACUAUAGUACCAUCCGCUGUCUUCAGGCUUUGGGAGAGAAGGACAUGGUUCCAGCGCUUUAUUCCAUACCAUGGUCUGAUAGUUUGCCCGCUUUAUGUGGAGAAUCAGUGCAUCUUGAGUCGGAGGUAGGGCGUCGAGAUCUUUCUUGGAUUUGCGAAACGCUGCUGCUCUUUCUUUUUUGGUUUCCACCUCUUGUGUUUCCGGAUUGUAGAGUUUGCAUACAAAGGCUUUAGCUUUGGCAAGAACGUCAGCACUGAUUUGGCUUUCUUCUCCAAGGUGUUCCAAGAGGUCAGGUGCAUCUUCGAAGACUUUCCAUGCCGAAGCCUUGCCCACACCAUAGAACUGGCUUGUUGUACCACAGCCAGUAAUGUCAUGAAACGCCAGAGGCGACUUCCUCUUCUCCUCGGAGAGCGGGAUUCUGUGAACUGGUAUGUAACGCCUUUGUCUUGAUGUACCAGCAAACAUCCAUAUCUCUUGACAAAGCUGCUCUCGGUAUGCCAAAAGGAGGACAAGAACGUCCGUAUCAAGACACAAAGUGUUGACUUGCUUGUACCCCCUUGCUGCUACGUCUCGGGCACGCAGUACUAUUCUAGUAUCUGCCUCCUCAUGAUCUGAAGCGAGCUCUCUUAUAUCUUGUCGUGAUGUGUCAGAUGACCACACCUUCAGUGUAUCCUUGAAGCCUCCAUUGAUCACCAGCUCUCGCCCAGGAGGCGCGCGGUAACUCUCCGAGAUGUCAGUCGAGAGGAAAUGAGGUAGGCUAGCCUUGUUAUCUUCUAGAAUGAUGAACCUCUCCCAGUUUCCAAUUCUCUAAUCUCUGUUAUCCACAUUGCGCCUAAUCCCUGCACUCUUUUUCUCCUUGCGCUUGUCUCUGGUUCCUCCUUUUAUCGAGUUCUUGACAUAUCUGUCAAAUAGCAGGUCAACCCUUGUAUAGCCUCCCCCGCAGUCAUUCUUAGGCGUGCGUCACGCGUUCCUUCCGUGACGCACGCCUAAGAAUGUCUGCAGGGGAGGCUAGACCUUAGCCUGCGUGGCAUGGCGGUUUUGUUGAGCCGGGCGCAGGAGCGGCGUAGCCGCGAGAAAAAUAAAAACCGCCUGCCCGGAUUCGUAGCCUUUUCAAUUGCCGCCCCCUUCAACUCGUUAUGACAUCCUGUUGACAACUUGUUUGGUUUCAGUUUUCCCAGCCAAUCAGAAAUAAAGUGUUGACAGCCUAAACACGACACAAAAGCUCGUGAUAUAGUGUAAAACGUGACCUUGGCCGGAAUUGGAGUUUGCUUGAACAAACACGGGUUUUUUCUUUGUGGCUAUCUCGCGCAUAGGUGACUACACUGCCUUCUAAACUUGACUGAGUAGAUCUUAUUUUUGCUGCACUAAGUCUUACAUUUAUUUAGAGGUCAUGGAGUUGGUUUGUUUAAUCCGUAUUGAGUAAUUAUUUCCUGUGGUUAAUGUUAUUUUCGCUAAUUAGAAUUUGUUGAUCUCAGAUGCAGUUGUAAAGUACUAAUUUCUUUGACCACUCUUAAAGCCUAAAGCUUUUUAUUACGGCUAAAUAAAUAUUUUAGUUUCUUUGGUCUUUUCCGACUAAAAUGCCUGGAUCUGGACAACUACAAACCAAGGAGCCUUGGUUUGUAGUUUCUUUGUCACUGCUUUGUCCGUGAAUGUUUUGACGCUGGGCCCGGCUUUUUAACUGCUGUUUGCAGGAUGUUGUAUUUUUACGUAUGGCGCGAUCUUCAGAUUUGAGUUGUAGCUUAAGCUACACCAAGCAAAAAAGUAUGGAGAAUUACGCUGUGCGUCUUCUACCAUAUGCGAUUCAUCGACCACAAUCGCGGACGCCGUUCGAUGUAUUGCGCUGGAGUGCGUUAUUUUCUAACACCGAGUAAUAGAGAAAAUUGAGGUGAACUUUCUCGAAGCACUGAAAUUUACUGUUUCUGUCAUAAGGUCCAUUGCUUUACAUCUCAGCGACACCAUUUCAGAUAUCUGGUCCUCGAUAGUACUUUUUACGGGGGAAAUUGUGAUCAUACAGGUUUUCGAUGAGGAUAUUUCUUCUUUGGCCAUAGCAAAGACAGUAAAGAUCAUGCUCUUGCCAAAUCUUGUUGACAAAAUUUCCAUGACAUCUCUCCUUUGAAGAAGACUGUAAAUGGCCAUUUCCUGUUUAGGCUUCAAUACAAUUGCCCUAUUUUCCCGUCAAAUAUUCAAGAUCGACGACGCUCCGGUCAACGCUUCUUUGAUAUUUUGAUUCUGUUUUGCGGAGAUGAUUUGUUCAGUCCCUCGAAACUCUCCCAUGGGAGAUUACCAAAAUAUUUGAUUGACAGGCGAACAUUCCGAACCAAUCGGAACGAUCCGUACGCUGGCGUGCGGACCGACUCAAAAAAGCCCCCCGUCCGUGCAGGCGGUUUUUCAAGUUGCUUCCGCCCCAAUCUCCUCGCGGUUUCUCUGCCCUCGCCCGCCUUUAUUACUUAGCGCGCCCAACCAAAACCGCCAUGCUACGCAGGCUAGCUAGACCUCAGGGGCAGUCUGCGAAAGCAUCUUCAUGUCUGCAAGAAAUAUGACGCUCUAUCUGGUGUAAUUCGAGUGGUCGAAAGCUGCAAAAUAGGGUAGCAUUUCGGACAACAAAGAGAGAUCAACUACUUGAUUGAGCCAGAUAAACACCCUAAAGGCUCGGACACAGCAAAACAUUGCGCGCAGUAAAGACAGAUCCCACUUCCCUUCCCGGAUCGCGCGCGUAAACCUCAGUAAGAUGGACACCAGUUUCAUGUAUUGCCUCCAGUAACAGAACGAGGGUUGUCAUGAUGUGCGGCAUCAAAAGCUUUGAUGAUAUGUGCAGCUUGUCCAACUUCAUUAACAAGCUCAUUGCUAGUCAGGGCAUCUACUAAUGCAUCAUCGUCGUUCCCAGUCGUAAACUUAGUGACCAAUGUUUCCGACAGAUUGAAGCACAUAUUUACCCCCAUCAAACAUAGUUUUUUUUUUAUUUCUAAUAGAAAAUAAUUCCUGAAGAGCUUACUGAAACAAUCACAAUCAACAAUCACGCUAUUCACACAGCUAAGGCUAAUUCAGUAUCUAUUCAAUGGUUGCUAUCUAGUCACGUGACCCAUCAUAGCUGAUCACCUAUUGCAUUUUUGUGUUUUUAUUGUUGGAUCUGUAAAUCGAAAUGAGAAACGUCAGUAAGUUGAAAACUAUAUUAAAGGAAAGAGUGAAUAGAGCGUCUUUUAUGCUUUAGAAUCGAUUUUAUUGGAAAGUCACGUGACUCUUCAUAACUGAUCACGUGACGCAUUUUAUCUCCCAUACUACUGUCUAUCGAGCUCUAAACAGCAAGUAACAAAGAUUCAGCUAUUUCCCCAUCGUAUUGUGCACUUUUUAUUGGGUUUAUAUAAAUGUUACAGUUCAGCCUCGUUUUCAUGCUGCAGGAGCGAGGGCCUAGACAAAAAACCUGCUUAAUGACAGAUAUCAUAACAUUUGGAGUGGGCAACAGCGCAAUUCUUAAUCAGGAUGGCAAGAUGAAGAUUUUAAGCUAUGUUGCCUGCUUCUACUCAAAAUGUUUAGCGAAAAUGAAAAAUGAGCGCCCUGCGUGACAGUGCUUCCUGACUAUUAAUGAACUCCCGCACAUCAACCAUAACACAUUUUGUUGAACAUUCUACGCGGCUGUAUGACUGUAAAAGUUACAUUUUGAAUAGCAUUUACAAACUGGUGACCGAAAAUGAUUUUGUAUUCAUACAUAUUAACUAUCAUUUGUUUUCCUGCAGGCAGUUGAACGACAACGAGCUCAAGACGCUUCCGUCAGGAAUAUUUUCAGAUCUUUCUUCCUUGUGGUAUUUGUAA